UCUCCUCUGAUGCAUCCUCCGGAAAGUGGGAGGAUCAAGUCACAUCCGGGCAUUUUGACCGUGCUUUGCGAGAAGCGGACUUUGAAUUGGAACAUGUACUCGGGCUGCGACUGAUGACGUUUCACGAGUCACGAGGACACAAGUAGAGGAAAGUACGCACAAGUACGCAUAUUGAGAAACGCCGUGAGACCUCUUCACCACGCGCUAUCUAAAGACGUGCUGCGCAUGCGCUAAUCGGAAACCAGAAGUAAACAAGCCGUUUCCCGGUGCAGCUGCAGAGGAGUUUGAGGCGUUUCAAACCGUCUCCUGCCAUGAAUCCUUCCUCCCACCAGAAGAAGAAGAGAAGGUCAGAAGUAGAGAAAUGUCCUUUACCUGUGGACAUGGAUGCACCUGAGAGAGUCAAGAAGAAAAAGAAGGUCCAGAGGGAGGAUGCGGUCAGUGCUCUUCUCUCUGAUGCUGAUGGAGCUACAGGAAGCCAGAAGAAGAACAUGAAGAAAAGAAAGGAGCAGCAGCAAGUGGUCACUGUAGAAACCAGUGAGAUGGAAAAGAAGAAGAAAAAAGACAAGAACGGGCUGAUUGAGGAAGGCGUAUCCACGGUAACAACAGACCAUAACCACACAGGAACCAACAAAAGUGGAAUGAAGAAGAAGAAGAAAGGUGGGAGUGUGGUAGAAGGGUUGUCACAGGAAGGAGAGAAGAAGAGGAAGAGGAAACGGGAGAGCGGAGGAGAGAUGGAGACGACAGGAGAAGGAAAGAAGAGGAAACGAAAAGCAUCUGUAGAAGAAGUGCAGAGUUUUCCGAAGCUGAAGGAGCUGAUGGAGUUCAUUCCAGACAUCAAGAACAAAUCAGUCGUGCAGAUCAACACCCUGCUGAGAUACGACCUGCAUCGCUUCAAGUACUUCAAACAGCAAGGUGUGGCUCUGCGUACAGGACGCUGCACUCAGCAGGAGAACCAGCAGAUCAGGGACAACGUGUCUAACUUCUUGGCUCUGACGGGCAUCGGCUCGGCCACCGAGCUGCUGUUUCCCAAGAGGUGCAAAGACAAGAUGGCGGAGAUCAAGAGGCUGAAAGUACAAUAUCGCUUCAUGGAGAGGAUUGCUGAGGGGAUCCCUCGUACAUGUCAAACGGUUUACGGGAGAGCCAAGAAGAUGUUUGACGAAAGGAACUACAUGGGAAGGUUCUCAAAGGAGGAGCUGUGUUCCCUCGAGAAGCUCCAAAGCCUCUACGGUAACGACUGGAAGAGGAUCGCUAAGAAGAUGAACCGCAGCACGAUGGCCCUCCAGAAGCGCUUCGCCCACAUCGCUCCAGGUCAUGGUCCCUGGAGUCCAGAUGAGAAGUCUAGAUUGAAAAAGGCUCUAAAGGAUCACCUGGAGGUUCUGGUCCAUCAUAACUCUGACGGUCCUAGUCUGAGCCAGGACCAGCUGAGUACCAACCUGCCCUGGAAGAAGAUCGGCCAGAGCGUCGGGACCCGAUCCUGGACCCAGUGUCGGAUCAAGUGGUUCUCCAUCCUGAAGGUCAAACUGACUUCAGGGGUCAGCACCUUCAGUAGAGGACCUGAAGGACUUGAAUCUAAAAUCCAGCUCAUCCACUCGCUCUACAACAUGCGUGUGGAGGACGUAGCCGAUAUCGACUGGGACGAGGUCGCGCAGACUAUUGGGAACGUGUCGAAUACGUGUGUUCAGAAAACUUUCCACAGAAUGAAAGUCUCCAGAGUUCCUCACUGGACCGGUUUAUCCUACGGAGAGAUCAUCGACUUCCUGCAGCUGAAAGUGGCUCCGACCCUGAAGAAGAAGCUGAACCGGCUAAAGCGGGAGAGUAGGCGGGAGGAGGCGCAGGGGGGGAGGACCUUCACACUGUCAGACGUCUUCGCCACACACGACGAAGACGACGACUACAUGGAGCUGGACAACAGUCAGCUGACCACCGGCCAAUCAGGACACGGAUAGAUCCAAACAAAGGAGUGUGAUUGGCUGUCACCUCAGUGGACGCACUUCCUGUCAGUGGGACUAAAGCAGGUUUAAUCCUGACGGAUAUUAAGUGACAUCCCAGUGCGUCCUCGGUGGAGCUGUACGUGAACAUGUGUCGAACAUCUGGACCACCACAAGGACCCACAGAGACAGGAAGUGGAUACAUACUGUGGCUUUUAUUUUGAAGGUCCUAAUGGUUGUCUUUAAUGUUCGAAUGAAAGAUUGUUGGACAUAUUGUGGUUUAUCUUUAUUCCAUGUAGAGCUUAAAUAAUCAAAUAUCAUCGAGCACACAAACGGUGAGACAUCCGAUCUUAAAAUAGAUAAACAAGAGCAUCAGAGGUUCAA